UAGCUGCAGGGAGGUCCACAGCGCCAUUUUUGAUGCUGUUAGUGCUACUGCUUUAGCGUCGUCUUCACUCAGAGCACUGAUCUGACAGAAGAAAAGAUGAACGUUAUUGACCACGUUCGGGAUAUGGUGGCCGCUGGCCUUUACUCCAACGUGAGAUUACUUAGUAGCCUGUUACUGACUAUGAGCGACAAUAAUCCAGAAUUAUUCUCCCCAGUGCAGAAGUAUCAGCUACUGGUCUACCAUGCAGAUUCUCUCUUUCAUGACAAGGAAUAUCGUAAUGCCGAAUCUAAAUAUAAAAUUGCUUUACAACAGAAGAAAGCUCUAAGUAAGACAACUAAAAUGAGACCAGCUGGUGGGAGUACUCCCUCAACUCCACAAACACAGGGAUGUCAACAGAGAGCCAGAAAAGUUUCAGAAUGUCUGCCAUCAGAGAUUGAAGUGAAGUAUAAAAUGGCUGAAUGCUAUACAAUGCUACGUCAAGAAAGGGAUGCUGUUGCAAUACUGGACACCAUAUCUACCAGGCAGCGUACUCCAAAGAUUAAUAUGAUGUUGGCAAAUCUGUAUAAAAAAGCAGGACAGGAAAGGUCAGCCGUCACCAGCUAUAAGGAAGUAUUACGACAGUGUCCUCUGGCUUUGGAUGCAAUACUAGGUCUCCUGUCACUUUCAGUGAAGGGUGCAGAGGUAGCAUCUCUGACUAUGAAUGUGAUUCAGAGUAUUCCAAAUCUGGACUGGCUGUCUGUUUGGAUCAAGGCAUAUGCUUUUGUUCACACUGGUGACAACACCAGAGCCAUUAAUACUAUCUGCUCCCUGGAGAAGAAGUCGUUAUUGAGGGAUAACGUUGAUUUAAUGGGAAGUCUAGCGGAUUUGUAUUUUAGAGUGGGUGACAACAAAAAUGCCAUAUUAAAGUUUGAGCAAGCUCAGAUGCUGGAUCCAUAUAUAAUUAAGGGAAUGGAUGUAUAUGGGUACCUUCUGGCAGGUGAAGGUCGACUAGAGGAUGUCGAAAAUUUAGGUGGCCGUUUAUUUAACAUUUCUGAUCAGCAUGCAGAACCAUGGGUCGUCUCGGGGUAUCAGUGUUUAUACAGCAAACGAUAUUCACGUGCUCUGUAUCUGGGAGCAAAAGCAAUUCAGUUGAAUAGUAACAGUGUACAAGCCUUAUUAUUAAAGGGUGCUGCUUUGCGAGCCCUGGGCAGAAUCCAGGAAGCCAUCAUACAUUUCAGGGAAGCAAUGCGCCUUGCCCCCUGCAGAAUGGAUUGUUAUGAAGGUCUAGUUGAAUGUUAUUUAGCUUCAAACAGCAUACGUGAGGCAAUGGUGAUGGCGAACAAUGUCUUUAAAACACUGGGUCCAAAUGCCCAGACCCUGACACUUUUUGCCACUGUAUGCUUGGAAGACCCAAUGACACAAGAGAAAGCAAGGACAUUGCUGGAUAAAGCACUAGCACAGAAAUCUGAUUAUCUGAAAGCAGUUGUCAAAAAGGCAGAACUUUUGAAUCGAGAACAGAAGUAUGAAGAAGGUAUAGCUCUCUUGAGAAAUGCAUUGGCAAAUCAGAGUGUGUGUGUUUUGCAUCGGAUGCUUGGAGAUUUUCUCGUAGCUGUAAAUGAUUACCAGGAAGCAAUGGACCAGUAUAGCAUAGCAUUAAGCAUGGAUCCUAAUGAUCAGAAGUCUUUGGAGGGAAUGCAGAAGAUGGAGAAGGAAGAAAGCCAGACCGAGGCAGCACAAGAGGAAGAUGUGGAUGACAUGGAAGGUAGUGGAGAGGAAGGGGACCUGGAGGGUAGUGAUAGUGAGACUGCACAGUGGGCAGAUCAAGAACAGUGGUUUGGCAUACAGUGAUAAAAGCAUUGAAAUGCUCUCAAAUAAUCACUUGCAAACCUUUUUCAAAGACCUGACAUAUUUGGAAUCCUUGUUCCUGCAGUUACUGAAAUGAGUCAGAUUUUAUAACUAUCUAUAAUCAUUGAUUCACAAUAAAGAAAAACACAUUGGCCAGAAUCUUAACUUCUACUUCAUAAGGUAUAUUUGUACAGGGACUGUAUGUUUUGUACAAACUGAAUUUUAUUCCUUUACUGAAGAUCCUCCCUUUCUCCAUAAUGCAGAUCUAGACUAGUUACCUGAUCUAGUGCCAUUGCACUGGGCACAUGUGAAAUAUUCCUGGUGUUGUGUUGCUAAUAACUUACGCUUAAAUUUGAGAAUACUCAUCUUUCAAAUUCAUGAAUACAACAAAGGGAGUCUUUUGUUUUGGCAAAGGGAUUAUUUAAAUUCAAAGUAAAGCCCUGGAAGGUGAAAUACUUUAAUACUUCCAUUCAGGAAAACUUUAAAAUUUAGUUUGGGUGGCCUAGAAAGGGAUGUUUGGGGGAAAAAGAAGUGAAUCCUGAAACUAAAUUUUAAACAGCAAGUGGUUUUCUUAUUGAACCUAUGUUCAGAGAUUUAAAAUGUUGACUGCCUUCAAUUUUGUUUUGAUUCGUUCUCCCUCUUUUAGUGGCCUUUCCUAUUGUCACUAUUAUUUUUGCCAAUACCACAUGAAUACAUUUUUAGCUACUAAGUUCCCUGUUGUUGCUUGUUUGACUCUUACAUUACAUUAUAACCAAGAUUUACUUGAACAUCUUUUUACCAUUUUGUUACUAGCUAGUUAUUGAGUGUGUGCACAUUAAAUUCUGGAAAUUGCUGUAUCCAAAUUCACUGGACAUCCUGGGUACUAUAACUUAUUUGUAUUCAAUCUUUUUGAUAGCUGUGAUGUUUCGUGUGUAUUCACCAGCCAGUUCUUGCAAGAACAUAAUGUUUUGAUACCUCUGUGUAUUUUGUAUAGUAUGUGAGGUGGAAUAAAAUUUUGCUGUACUAAUUAAAAUGUAUACAAUGUAUACAUUGCAGUUAUGACUAUCAUUGUAUAUGAAA